CCCUGUUCUGUCGGUUGCUCCGCUAUUUGCCCCCGUUCCCUGGUUAAUCUCACGGUGUCAUCUGCUUCGGCGCAGAGCUGGCUCUACCUGAAGGGCUCCUACCUGAAGUGUGACCGCAAGAUGGAGGUGGCUCUCAUGGUGUGCGCCAUCAACCCAUCGAUCGACCACCACACCGACAGCAUGGAGCUGCUGCAGCUGCAACAGCACCUCCUGUGGUUGUUGUACGACCUUGGGCACCUGAACAAAUACCCAAUGGCACUUGGGAACCUCGCAGACCUGGAGGAGUUGGAUCCAAUGCCAGACAGACCGGAUCCAUUGGCACUUUAUCACGAGGCCAUUUCUUCAGCGAAACAGUAUUACAAUAAUGAACAUGUUUACCCCUAUGUAUACUUGGCCAGCUACUUCUGUCGCAACAAGAACGUCAAGGAUGCUCUAGCCUCCUGGGGUGAUGCAGCUACAGUCAUCCAGGAUUAUAAUUAUUGCAGGGAGGAUGAGGAGAUUUACAAGGAAUUCUUUGACAUUGCAAACGACAUCAUUCCCAAUCUCAUCAAGGAGAUGGCCAGCAUGGCUGAAACCUCGGAGGAACCUCAGAGGGAUGGAGAUAGUGGCACUGAGGUACCUCAGGGACAGGCUGCACCCAGCACUGCACUGCAGGAUCCCGAGAGCUUCGCUCAGCUGCUGCGUUUCUACGAUGGGAUCUGUAAGUGGGAGGAGGGCAGCUCCACCCCAGUCCUGCACGUAGGCUGGGCCACCUUUCUCGUGCAAUCCAUCAGCAAGUUCGAUGGGCAGGUGCGUCACAAGGUGACAAUCAUUGUGAAGGAGACGGAGACGAAUGAGGAUGAUGACCAGCACAGUGAUGAUUCCCGGGAUGCUCGAAGGCGCGGGCCUCGCCGAGAGUCGAAAGCCGAGGAGCCCCCUCCCAUGAAGAAAUUCCUGUCUGAGAAGAUUGUGGAGCGCCGGCGUUCAGCCCCCAGCCAGAGGAGUGUACCCCUCCCUGUGCCAGCUGCACCCCCACCUGCCCCUACCCCUGCCCCUACCCCUGCCCCAGGGGGAGCCUGUGUCACCUUCCACAGUGAGAAGAUGAAAGGUAUGAAGGAGCUGCUGACUGCGUUAAAGAUUAAUUCCAGUGCCAUCAAACUGCAGCUGACGGCACAGUCCCAGGUUCAGAUGAAGAAACUGAAACUGAGCUCAGCCAGUGACUACACCCUGUCCUUCAUGAAAAGGCAGCGCAAGUCCCUGUAGGCAGCUCCCCCCCAACCCACCCACCCACCCACCUCCAUCCCUCCAAGGGGGGGGACU